AUGGAUGAAUUCCAUGAAGAGGUUCAAGAACCAGUGAGUCCCCCUGGACAAUAUUUCAACAGUUCAGUGAUAUGUUCCUAUGUUUUUGGCUUUCUUGAAAUGGCAAUUCCAAUUGAUGACUCAAAGGCCAGGACUUUGGUUAGAGAUGUUUUCCUUCCUAUCAACCCACGUUUCUCCUCUAUCAUGGUAAGAGAUGAAGAUGGUAAAAGGAGAUGGAAAAGGGUACAAGUGAAGGCUGAAGAGCAUAUAAAGGUUCCCAAAUUUCCAGAAAACAAUUCAUCUGAAUUAUAUGACCAGUAUUUUGAUGAGUAUGUGACAGGGAUUCUAACUGAAAGAACACCUCAAAACAAACCACUGUGGGAAAUUCAUAUUAUUAAGUAUCCAACAAGCAAUGCUGCAGGAACAAUAAUUUUCAAGCUUCAUCAUGCUCUUGGAGAUGGUUACUCUCUCAUGGGUGCCCUUCUUUCUUGUCUUCAAAGAAUUGAUGACCCUUCUCUUCCACUAACUUUUCCUUCAAAAACAUCAUCAACUAUACAAAGUUCAAAGAAAAACAUGUUUCAGAAGUUCCCUUCAGUUGUCUCCUCCUUUUUCAGUUCCAUGUCAGAUUUUGGAACUAGCUUAUUGAAGACAAGGAUGAUUGUGGAUGACAAAACACCCGUAAGAUCUGCAUAUGAAGGAACUGAGUCCAUGCCUUUUACCUUGUCAAACAUAUCAUUAUCUCUUGAUGAUGUCAAAGCAAUCAAGACCAAGCUUGGAGUGACAAUAAAUGAUGUGCUUACUGGGAUGAUUUUCUAUGGGAUUCGGAUGUACAUGCAAGAGAUGGACUACAUGGCUGGAAAAGCAAAUUCCACAGCUGUGGUAAUGCUCAACACAAGAAAUGUUAGAGGGUAUCGAUCAGUGAAGGAGAUGCAAAAUUCAGAGGUGAAAGGUUUGUGGGGGAAUAAAAUUUCUUUCCUACAAAUAUCUAUUCCGAAGUUAAGUCAAUCCAAAAGCUUUAACCCUCUUGAGUUUGUGUGGAACGCCCGUGAACUGAUAAAGAAGAAGAGACGUUCUUUCAGUGUUUAUCUCAUAGGUUUGUUCUUGGAUUUGGAGAUGAAAUUAAGAGGCCCUGAGGCUGUUGCUAAAAUCAUCUACAAAACUCUAGGAAACUCUAGUGUUGUUGUAUCCAACAUUUUUGGACCAAUGGAACAAAUGGCUUUGGCAAAUCAUCCUAUAAGUGGUUUGUAUUUCUCCAUGACUGGUGGACCUGAGAAUGUAGACAUAACUAUUAUGAGCUAUGUGAAAGUGUUAAGAAUCACCUUGCGAACACUAAAGGGAUUCAUUGAUGAACAGAAGUUCAAGUUUUGCAUGGAGAAAGCCUUUGAUGUCAUAUUCAAAGCUGCCAUGGAGAACUCUCAAACACCCAACAAUUGA